UGUAUCUCACAUUUCACACAUAUUUACACAAAUGGCAAGCAUUGUGACACUCUUACCCAGCCGGUCAAGAAGAAUUGUAUUAUCAUUUCAGGUAAAAUGAAUUUAGAAUUCGACUCUAACAUCCUGUUAACCCAAUUGUUACCAAUGUCAAACAACGGGCAAGAUCCUGGUUGGAAAGAAACGGCGAGAAUUGCACAAGAAUUGGUCCAAAUUUUGGGGAAUAAAGGCGACACCUUUGUUCCGUCAUGGUCAAGGAAUUCCCAAGAUUUUGAAAGUACUGCAUCAGAAUACAAUUUCUACCCGCAAGUCGACAACAAUUCACCGAAUUCCUCUGAAUGUUCCGACUUCUCAACGAAUUCGAGCUGUGAGACUCAAACUGUCAAUUGUAAACCGACGGAUGCAAAAUAUUUGGACAAACGACGUCGAAACAAUGCAGCCGUGCGGAAGUUUCGACAUUUGACGAAAAACCGGAUUGCAAGUUUGGAGAGAAAAAACGACACCUUGACGAGGCAAAGGGCGUCAUACCUGCCUGCAUUGAAAGGGUUAAUCACCAAGGCGAAGGGGGUAACUUACAUUUUAGAGUGUGGAACCAAAAUGGCGAAAGAAUUGGUUAGAGAUGCUGAAAAUUUGGUGACAAUGAUUGAUCAAGAAUUAAAUUAGGAGUGGAAACCUAUUUAGUAAAUCUUGAGGUAUAAAUAAUUGUAAUUAUGUAAUUAAUUAUUGUAAUAAAGGCAUAAUAAUUGAUUGAUUUAAA